AUGCGAAUCUCCGGGGAGAAAAAUGGCGGUGGUGAUGACGAGUCAGGGGCGAGUUUGUACCCAGUCUUGGUGGAUCGGUGUUUGAGUCUUGAAGCGAGUCACGCAAAGUUGAAACAGCAAAUGAGUAAACUUAUGAAGACUGAUGAGAAAAGAAAAAUGAUUUAUAGUGAGGUUGUGGCUAUGUCAGAUGCUGGUGAGGUGAUGUCAGAUUCCUGUUGGGGGUGUAUUCCUGGACACUUCACUACUGGGAGUCCUUAUAAGAGCGUUCUGGAGUCCAUUGGUCAUGCUGUUCAUAUGUGUAGUGCUUCCUCAGGAGAAAUUGUAUAUUGGAAUCGUUCUGCUGAAAAUCUAUAUGGAUGGAAAGACUAUGAAGUCCUCGGACAAAGUGUUACCGAACUCCUUAUAGCUGAAGAUCAUUAUGCGCGUCUGAAGAAGAUAAUGGAAAGGCUGAGCUUUGGACAAUCAUGGUCUGGUCAGUUUCCAUUUAAGAAAAGAUCGGGUGACUUAUUUAUGGCGAUGGUCACAAAAAGCCCCUUGUAUGAGGACGGUGAGCUUGCUGGUAUUGUCACUGUUUCAAGUGAUGCAGCAAUAUUUAACACUGCAGACUCAGAAAACCUGAGAAGACAUCAAGAUCGUGCUAGAUUACCAAGGAUAAACUUGAAAAAGAUUCAAUGGAACCCGCGACCGCCAAUUGCGCCGGUGCCACAGAUUGCAUCGUCAGUUUCCAAUCUGGCCUCAAAACUAUUGGCUCGAAAAAAUGGUGAUAACACAUGUAAUGAACAUGGAAAUUCUGCAGACAAAGAACAUACUGCAACAGAUACUCGGAACUUAAGAUCGGAGAUGCCCGGUGAACUAGAGGCGAAACUCAAUUCUGAUUUCCAAGAUGCGAAGAGCCCUCAAAAAGAUGAAUCUCUGUUUGAAUUCGUUCAACCUUCUAAAAUUGCAGCUAAGGUGUUGGCAAAGCUGAAUAUCAAAGGCAUUGGCGACCUUGGAAAAGAAAAUGAUGCCAGUGCUCAACAGGAUGGCCCUCGAAAUGUUGCACAAAGAAAUGAAGCGAUGCUUGAAACUAAUGAUCUUGCAAGUCCGAAGGCACCACCUUCUCACUACUGCAACAAUGAUGCUGGAAAAGAAAUUCCACGGAGAAUAGAUUCCACCUUGGAAUUUAAAAGGGUGUGUCCAAAUGCAUAUGCAAGCCCUAAUGCUUCGGAAGAGAAUUGUCUUGUAGCCUCUUGCACAGAACGCAAUGAACGUCAUGGGCUAGCUAAACCAGGAGAUCAGCUGCAAAAACUGGUCUGCCAACAGAAUGGGAAUGAAUUGGAGCCAGAAGCAUCAAAAUUUGAAUCCUCCGGGGUAGAAGAUGAUACACAACGACAGGCAGAUGGUAGACAGUUUCCAAGUCAUGCGGAGAGUACUGUUGGCAGCCUUGGAAGUUCAUCAAGCAAAGGGGAUCACGAUUCAAAUUGUGUGGUGGACUGUGAGAUUCAGUGGGAAGACCUACAACUGGGAGAGGAGAUUGGGCAAGGAGUAUAUUCACCAGAACGACUUGCCAUUGUCACGGAGUUCUUACCCAGGGGAAGUCUUUUCAAGACACUUCACAAAAACAGCCAGGCCUUGGACAUUAGGCGGCGUCUGAAGAUGGCCCUUGACGUUGCUAGAGGCAUGAACUAUUUGCAUCAUAGAAAUCCACCUAUAGUGCAUGGAGACCUAAAAUCUUCUAAUCUGCUUGUUGAUAAAAACUGGACUGUCAAGGUUGGAGACUUUGGCCUGUCGAAGUGGAAGUAUGCAACCUUCUUAACUGCAAAAUCUGGAAGAGGAACUCCUCAAUGGAUGGCCCCUGAAGUCCUCCGAAAUGAACCUUCAAAUGAAAAGUCUGAUGUGUUCAGCUUCGGUGUCAUCCUAUGGGAACUAAUGACUCUGUCCAUUCCAUGGAUCAAGUUAAAUUCCUUACAGAAGAGAUUGAACCGUCCGGGUCAAUGGGCUUGCCUGUCCAUGAAAAAAAUGUUACUGUUCAUCGGGAUUCUACAGGGUCAAUUGUCUAAUAAGUGGUCUUUUUCCAUAACUGAAUUCGCUUGUGUCCGGUUCACCAGUUAG